AUGGCAGCACAUUCUUAUGCUUCUUGCAUUUGCUAUGCAGCCUUCAUAUUCUUGGUGAUUUCCAAAGGAAUAUUAGGAAGUACAUUCACAUUUAAAAACAAGUGCAAUUACAUAGUAUGGCCAGGGCUCUUAUCAAGUGCAGGCAGCACCCCAUUAGAUAGCACCGGGUUUGAACUCGGCCCGGGUGACUCACGUUCUUUCCAAGCCUCACCGGGUUGGUCAGGUCGAUUUUGGGGGAGAACUAGGUGCACUUUUGAUUCAACCGGUCAAGGAAGUUGUGCUACCGCGGACUGUGGGUCCAAUCAAAUAUCAUGGAAUGGGGCCGGUGCGACCCCACCAGCAACUCUAGCAGAGUUUACAAUCGGGUCAUCAAAUAAUCCUCAGGAUUUCUACGACGUGAGCCUAGUAGACGGAUAUAACUUGCCAAUGGCGGUGGAUGCAAUUGGUGGGACCGGUGAAUGUGGAACGACAAGAUGUGUGACUGAUUUGAACCGAAUGUGUCCAUCUGAGUUACGGGCUAUAGAUGGGCAAGCGUGCAAAAGUGCGGGUGAGGCUUUUGGGAAUCCGGAAUAUUGUUGUAGCGGGUCGUUUGGAUCGCCAGAUACUUGUCGCCCAUCAGUGUAUUCACAAGUGUUUAAAUCGGCUUGCCCGAGAUCAUAUAGUUAUGCAAAUUACACCAUUACAUUUUGCCCUACAUCAACAAGGUAA